UGCGUCAUAACUCCAUUUAAAAAUUUACUUGAAAAAGCUAACGAGACUGUUCAACGAGUUUACGAAGUGAUCAUACAUACAUGCAAUUUGGAAUUACUCAUGAUAACUAAAAUACAUACAUACAAAUAUAUAUAAUUCGCUAUUACGUUUUUUCGAAUAUAUUCGAUAAGUGUGAACGUUGAUCAGUCCAUAAUUGACCAUAUAGCAGUUGUAUAAGGUUCAUAUAGCGACAAAUUUCAAUACGAAUAUGUUUUGUAUAUAUACAAAUUAUUUGGCUAAUUUUUUCGCGGAUUGAACGAUAACUGGUCAUACCUCCCAUUCAAGGUCCUCUUCAAAAACUCACUUAAUCAUUCUGAUUGCUAACCAGUCUGCACGAUUAUACAAAGGAACUGAUUAUAUCAUAUUGUGCCCAGAAAUAACAGAAGUGCAUGGAUUCAAGAUCUGAAAAAUUUAGUCAUUAUUGAAAAGAUUAUUACAUGCAAAGCAUAAUACUACAAUGUCUAAGAAGAAUUCUGUUGAAUCGUCUACUAAGGAAUCCGUUGAAUUCCAUCCUAAUGAAGAGAUCGAAGAAACAAUACCCAUCGAUAAUGAACACUUCAACUAUUUGAAAAUACUUCCUGUGGAAAUUCUCCAUAAAAUAUUUAAUUUGUGUGAACUGCGCGAUCAACUAAUAUUGGCAAAAGUUUCGAAGCAAUGUCGAGAAGUUAUUGCAGCAAUUUACAAAACAAAGUAUAAAUUUAUGAACUGUAACUAUUUAAAAAAUUAUUGUAAAUUAAAGGACCAGCAACUAAUCGAGUUAUUUAGACUAUGUGGAGAUUUUGUGGAAUGUUUACACUUGGUAACGCAUUUUUCUUCGCGUUUCUGUGGCGAAAGUCCCGAGAUUUAUGAGAAAUAUUUACAUUUUCACAAAUUGUUUACACAUUGUAUUCAGUACUUUAAGAAUCUACGUGUAUUAAAAAUUUACGGAAACGCAUUUCCAGAUUCAACAAUAUUGGAAUUAGCUAAACAUUGCAUGAAAUUGAAAUCUAUAAGUUUUACAACAAUUGAAAAUAAUAUGUUCCAAGGCAAACAUCUACACCAAUUAGAAGCUAUAGAAAAUUUAAAUUUAAAAUAUUGUCAUCGUUUAGAUACUAACAAUCUGUUGGCAGUAAGUCAAAAACGACAUUUGAAAUCGUUAAAUUUAUUGGGUUGUUAUCAAUUUUACGCAAUACCCCCAAUUUUAGAAUUGUGUAAUCAUUGGCAUUAUUUGGAGACUUUAGUUUUAUUUGCUAACACAAGCGACAAGCAAUUUCUUAAAGCCAUUAUCGAUUUACCCUCGUUAAAAUCUCUACAAUUUAACUGGGUCGAUAUAGGUCCAGCAAUGGCAGUGUUGAAUUUUGAAGAAAACCUUUUCUUAACACUUUCUGAGCAUCAAUACAAAUCGGAAAAACUGAAAUACAUAAAAUUUACAAAUGAACAAUUUUAUUUGCAUGGCAUGAUCGAAAAAUCAUCGCAAAAAGAAUAUGCAAUAAUGAAAGAAAGUUUACAUGCCAGACUACCGUUUAGGCACUGGUCCAUGGAAAAAUUCGACUUGAUUUCUUUGGCUUUUAAAAGUUUUAAAAAUUUACAUACAAUUAACUUCCAUUAUUGGCGACCUUUGACUAAUGAACAGUUAAUUAAUUUUGUGAAAAUAAAUUCCAACCUACAAUUUAUCAAAAUUGAAGGUUGUCCUGAAGCUGGAGACAAUGACUUUAAAAACCAAUGGAUGAAUCCGAAAUGUCAAUUACAAUUGCAAAGUAUUCUGACGCUGGAUGAAGUAAAGAAAAUAUAUGAUGAUGUUGUAAAACGUACCGACAACGCCAGAAGAGAACGAAGCAUUUGUUGUCAGUUUGAAUAGCUGCUUAAAAAGGAUGUUUAGAACAGUUAACACAGGCCAACAAAUGUUUAAUCCAGAGAUCAAUGUAUAUAUUUGAGACGAUAUAGCAGUGCAGAGACAUAAUCAGUUAUUUUAUUUGAAAGUACGUUCUGUCAACUCUAAAAUAAAGUGUUAACCUCUGUUAAGUCUUAUUCCUUUUUCAAGAUAUUUUAACCUAAAGCUUAAAACAUUAAAAUAUGUACAAAGUCUGAAUUUAUUACAAUUUAAAUUAAUUAAAAAACUCUCUUGUAUUUGCUGAGAUAUCGCCGUUUUUUUUUUUUUUUGUCAUAAAAUAAAGUCAAUUUCGAUUUUUUUAUUUAAAGGUGGUAAAUUUGGAUUUCGAUAUAUCGAAAAAAUAAAAAGAUAUAACAGAAAUUGAAACUUUAUUUUAAAGUCAACAGUUUAGACUUCUUUUAAUUUUAAGACACAAUAACUCAAAAACCUGAUACGAUGGAUUCAGUGCAUUCUUUAGAAAUCGACAGCUUGGCCUCAGGGUUUCGAAUUUUUUCAAAUUUUUCUGUGCUAUUUUGUAUAUUGUUAAAUGUCAUAAUCCUAUAUAGAAGUGUUAUGAAACUUUAGUUACCAAUGAGCGAUGUGUUAUGUGUAUGUAUAUUAACCGUAUUGUAUAUUUGUUAUAUCGAAUAAAAAUUUCGUGAAAUUGAGCUGAA